AUGUACACUAUGAAUGGGGAAGGAAACUUAAAUUUAGGACGAGCUCUGUCACAAGGAGCCCUGGGAACCAGGCAGAGCUCUCGGCCUGCAGUUAAUAUCGAAAAAGCAGGAGAACCCAGACUACCGAAUAUAAAAAACAGUUCAACUGCUCCUGCGUAUGAGAUGAGAAAGCUAGAUUUGAUUGAUCCAGAUUUUCACUUAAGAAGAAACGUCGCGACUGCUUCAAGAUUUGACAAAAACACUGAAGCCUAUGAAAUUUGGAAAUCAAAUAACGCAGGACAUUUGAAUUUUGAGAAAAGGAAGCCCUUCAGCAGGGAUAUGUAUUCUUCUAAACUGCCUGUUUCUUCUGAUUUUAGACCUUUGGUGAAAAACCCUGAAGUGCCUGGAGUCGAGAGAAACCCCAAAUAUUAUUUGUCGCUAACUCCCUCCCUCUCCGUGAGUGAGCAAAACCAUUAGAAAAAUCGCUAUUUUUUGCCCAAAAACCCACCCUCCGUGAGUGAACAAAAAUUUUUAUGGGAAAAAAUUUUGACAUAUAAGUGAUAACUAUUAUCAUGAAAUCUCGAGCUAAUUCUGUUUAAUUUUAAACAAAUUGCGUUUUUAAACAUAAAUUUUACAAAUUAAAUUAAUAUUAGCCUUCCAAUUUUCGAGAAGCGUGAGUUUUUUAAAUUUCGAAGAAAAAAACAUUUCUAUAUAAAAUUUUAAAAAAAAAAAAUUAACCUCCUCCGUUAGUGAACAAAAUUUUUUUGUUCACACUCUCGGAAGAGGGGGAGUAAAUAACAACCCUGCAGCUUUUUAUAAGCAUUAUGGAGAGUUUACAUCUUUUAACGACGUUUACAUUAGAAAUACGAAAGUUAUUCCUUUUUUGCAAAAACCAGUUGAUCAUAAAUAUACAAGAAAAAGAUAA